AUGGCCGCUGAACAAACCUCCGUCCCCAAAUGGGUCAAAGUCCUCACCGAUUGGGCUACUCAUGGAGGUCUUUUUGAGCCAACCUUCAUCAGUAUUCCCGAUGCUCAAUUAGGAGGUCAAACUGGUGGUCAAGAAGCCUUUGUCGAGCCACCAUAUCAACACAGCAUUCCUCCAAUAUCUCUAUCCAACUUCAACAACGAGACUGAUACUUUGCUGCUACAUCCCUUCAUCAAUUCCGUGGCCCAACGUCCCACCAAGGCCUCCAAUACUUCUCGCAGAGAGUGCUUGGCCAAUAACAAUUUGACUGGCGUUCAGUCCCUUGCCAUCGGAAAUUUCAACUGGAACGAUGACUCCGGACGCAAGCAAGCUCUGAAGGACAGCAUCACCGACGGUUUUCAUAACUUGCGAAAGCUGUAUCUUGUUGUCGCAGAGGGUUACCCCUUGGACGUUGCUGCUCAAGAAGUUUGCCGUGGAGAGAUUUUGGGCAUGUUUGAGGAGGAAAAGUCGAUCCGUCCAGACUGCAAGAUCCCAGAGAUCAUCUUCGUUGAGCACAACGAUCCCCGUGUUCCUGCAUUCUAG